UGUGUGCAUGUCUCAUGUUUCCCUGUGUUACAGAGUGUUAUCUGAUCCACAUCUCAUUUCCACAGUGAGAAGCUGAUCCUGCACAGCUCUGCAUCAGGCAAACAAAGUUGCUAAAUUAGGCCUUCUGACUGGAGAUGCGUGGCCUGCUGACGACCCAGAACCAGAACUGCUAUCGAGAGCAGAUCCAGAAGGAGAUGUUCACCCGCUUGGCCUGGAAGGACCGCUAUGCUAAACUUUACCCAUCCUGCUACAAUCCCCGAAACGACACAGAGCCAACACAGCUGCCCCAUCUGCCUGCUGACCCCCGGGCUGUACUGCCUCCUGUUACAAGGACAACUGAGAAGCAGAGCGACCUUCUUCUUCCUGCUCCUCCACCUCCUCCUCGCCCAGUGUUCUCUUUGAAAGGAGAGGAGCGGCUCAAUGUGCCCCCCCAAAUGAGGCCAGUUUCUCCCCAGACCAGACAUGCACUCUAUCAGGACUCUUCUCACCAUGGCAAAGGACGGAAUCUAUACCUGCAGAGACGUGGCCGGAUUAGACCUGAGGAGAAGUUUGACUAUCCUUUGCUCUCGUCCUGGGAGUACGGGUGGAGGCUGGGUGACUACACUCUGGAUUACAGAACUCCGUCCCGCGCCAAAUCCUCGGUGGUGAAGAACACUUUCUAUGCCAGGAACGGUGUGUUCAACAGCCCAUCGGCUACCGACACACUGGGCUGACGUUCAGCCUUCAGACACCAGACACCAGAGGUCGCUCUCUAAUGAGAGUGCAGCAAUCAAGCUUUGAUGUGAUAAACACUAUUCCUGACACACUUGUUUUAAUGCCCAGUAGUGCUAACAAAUCCCAAAUUGUCCUCCCAGCUCUUGUCAUUUGGGAAUUUAGGGGUAUUAUAAACCAUUUUGGGUUAUGAUCAUGACAAAUAUCCUCGUUACCAUUGAAACUACUGAAUACAGAAGUUUUUGUUAUACCAAGCUUUCAA